CUGGGAUGCCCGAGUCAGCAGACUGGGAGGUGGCGGUCGCACGCGUGUAAGAAGACGACCCCCUCUGGUUUUAACCUCAGCUUGGGGCCCUCCGUCCCCGCUGACGUCAGUGCGUGUUCCCGGCGCCAAAGGAGCCGGAGAUCCCUGGGACACCGCUUCCCCAGGCAGUUGAGGAGGCCCCGCCCCGACGCGACGCGGAGGGAGCGCCCAGUGAAGGGGCGUGGCCCGUCCUCCACGCCACACCCCUGCUCCAGCUUGGGGACGCGCAGACGGCCAUCCGGGUGACCGGAAGCCUGGAGAGCUCGAUUUUGGAGGAAGAGACUUAAAGCCUGAGAAUAUUCUCCUCGAUGACAUUGGGCACAUCCGGAUCUCAGACCUUGGGUUAGCCGUGGAGGUCCCGGAGGGCCGGACCGUCCGAGGAAGAGUGGGGACCGUCGGCUAUAUGGCUCCUGAGGUUAUCAACAAUGAAACCUACACAUUCAGUCCCGAUUGGUGGGGACUUGGCUGUCUGGUGUACGAGAUGAUUCAGGGACAUUCUCCGUUCAGGAAGUUCAAGGAGAAGGUCAAACGAGAGGAAGUCGAGCGCAGAGUGAAGGAAGACCCGGAGGAGUACUCGGGGAAGUUUUCGGAGGAGGCCAAGUCCGUCUGCAGGAUGUUACUCACCAAGAGUCCCAAACGACGGCUGGGCUGCAGGGGUGGCGCAGCGGAGGUGAAGGGACACCCCGUGUUCAAGGACAUCAACUUCAAGAGGCUGGAAGCAAAUAUGCUGGACCCCCCUUUCCGCCCCGAUGGCUGUAUCAGCGGUGUCCCCAGCGCCCAGGAGGAGCGGCCGGCCGUGCUGUGACCACUGCCAGCCGGGCCCCAGUGCCCAGGAGCACACGCUUGGUGUUUGACCCCAUCCGUGAACAGCAAUAAACGUGCGACACCUCGCGAAAUGAG